AUGCUAUCACAUUGCGAAGGCCCCGUGUGGGCUAUCGACGACUUGUCGCGAUGCUUCCAACGCAACGUUCUGCAAGUCUCGCUCCCGCUAGCGGCAUGCAGUCUUUCCUUGCUCCUCAUUCUCGUCCGCCUCGCAUACCGUUAUGUCGUCUCCCACAAAGAUGUCGCCUACAAAGUUCUCGUCAACGAUGAUGCCGGUGAAGUCCCCAACAGCGGCGAAACCGAGUCCGAUCCUAUGCUCUUCCAGGCCGUCCAGACCGAGACCGAACACUUACAGCUGGAGGUCGACCGCCCGAGAGGAGAAAUCGCCAUCGUCACACUCGAAAUCGCUGCACUAAUCGGUCAACUCGCUCUCUACGUAGUCAUCUUUUCGACCCAGGGCUGGGGUCGCCAUGGCGCUGUACCCGCCAUUGCGGGUCUGGUUUCCUGGGGUUAUAUACUGUUUUUGGUCUUGGUCCGAUUAUUGCUGUCCACCAUGGAUCUCUUCUCGGCCCCGCGACUGUGGACUCAUACGGCUAUUCUGUACAGUGCCCAAUGGCUUUUCAACACAAUGGUCUUCCGUUCCGCCAUCAUUCACCCGAUUUCCCGAAAUGCUUUGAUUCUCAGCAGUAUUCAAUUCUCCCUCACCACUCUACUUUUCAUCAUCGCCCUCACGACUCGCCGAGGAAAUAAACCAGUUGUGGUGGAGCGCGAGGAUGGAUUGGAGCCUCCACGUCACCCCAUGGCCAGUCUGCUAUCUCUGGCUACUUUUGCAUGGUUGGAUCCGUUGGUUUUGAAGGGAUACCGACAGCCAUUGGAGUUAGAGGAUGUUUGGAAUUUGACACCCUCUCAAAAGGCCGCCUCGGUCAUCACCGAUUUCCGGAAACGACAGAUGACGGGCUCUCUGGCAUGGAAGCUCAUCCGGUUCUUCAUCGGCACCAUUCUGAAGCAGGGCGCUUGGACUGUGUUUGCCAAUUUGUUCGUGUUUGUGCCGAGUCUGCUUCUGAAAGCUAUUCUGGAAUAUGUUGAAGAUCCUCGCUCGACCACUCCCAGUGCCGCCUGGCUGUACGCCACUCUCCUAUUUUGUUCCGCGAUCGUUCAGGGUGUGGCGGAUGGACAAGCUCUCUACAUUGGUCGCAAGAUGGGUGUCAAGAUUCGCGCGAUCAUUAUUGGUGAAAUUUACGCCAAAGCCCUGCGCCGUAAAGCAGGUGCCUCCAUGGAUGCUGUUAAAAAGGCCGUUGAAGACCCAACUGGGUCCAAGGACACGACUCCAACCAAGAAAAAGAAGGGUCUGCUAUCUUUCGGUCGUAAGAAGAAGAACGCAUCUGGCAACGAUGCUGAAUCUGGCGAAAAUGCGAAAUCCGAUCUGGAGGAUGCGUCAGUGCAGGCGAAUGUCGGUACCAUCAUUAACCUGAUGGCAAUUGAUUCCUUCAAAGUUAGUGAGGUUGGCGCAUACUUACAUUUCCUUUGGGCUAGUGUUCCGGUGCAAAUCAUCAUGGCCGUCACUUUGCUUUACAAGAUCAUGGGAUUCAGCUCAUUUGCCGGUAUUGUGCUGAUGGUUUUGAUGCUACCUGUCAAUCUUUUUAUUGCCCGGCAGUUUAACAAGGUUCAAAACAUGAUUCUGAAGGGCACUGAUGCUCGUAUUCAUGCUACCAACGAGGUUCUGCAGAAUAUUCGCAUUAUCAAAUACUUUGCGUGGGAGCAGCGGUUCCAGGAUAUCGUCAAUGAGAAGCGUAGAGCUGAACUUAAGUCUCUGCGUCGCCGUUACAUUCUCUGGUCCUGCGCCGCGACUGUUUGGUACGGCACACCGAUCCUGAUCACAUUCCUCUCGUUCUUCUUAUACACCGUUGUUGAGAAGAAACAAUUGACCCCCUCGAUUGCUUUCCCUGCGCUUUCAAUGUUCUCAUUGCUCCGUGUGCCUUUGGACCAAUUGGCGGAUAUGGUUGCUCACGUCCAGGAAUCAAAGGUAUCUUUGGACCGUGUGGACAAGUACUUGAACGAGGAGGAGACCGGCAAAUAUGAUCAACUGCGUGAUAGCGCUUCUUCUGACGGGCCGACAAAGAUUGGAGUCGAGAAAGCGACUUUGACCUGGGGCACUACUAAGCCCAAGUCUCAAACUACCACUUCUCCAGACGCUGAUGCAUUCCGACUGAUCAAUGUUGACGUCGAUUUCCCCAUCGGAAAGCUCAGUAUCAUCGCUGGCCCAACUGGCUCUGGAAAGACUUCUCUCCUUAUGGCUAUGCUUGGUGAAAUGCGCCUCAUCGAAGGUCGUGUCCAUCUUCCUGGUGGCAUGUCGAACCGCUCUGAACUUCCCGUCGAUCCCGAGACCGGUCUGAUUGAUAGCAUUGCGUAUUGCGCCCAGGAAGCUUGGCUGGUCAAUGAUACCGUUAAAGAGAACAUCAUUUUUGCAACUCCUUAUGACGAGAAGCGUUACCGUGCCGUCCUUAAGGCCUGUGCCCUGGAGCGUGACAUCACUAUCCUGGAUGCUGGUGACCAAACAUUGGUCGGCGAGAAGGGCAUUAGUCUUUCUGGCGGCCAAAAGCAGAGAAUCUCUUUGGCUCGAGCCAUCUACAGCAGUGCCGCUCACCUGUUGUUGGAUGACUGCCUUUCCGCCGUUGACUCUCACACUGCCAAGCACAUUUUCCGUCAAGCUCUGACAGGUCCAUUGAUGAUCAACCGCACAUGCAUCCUGGUUACUCACAACGUGGCCCUGGCCGUGCCCCAAGCUGAUCACGUCGUUGUACUUGAAAACGGAAAGAUUUCCUCACAAGGCCGACCUGAUGUUGUUGCUGCUACCGGUGCCCUGGGUGAGGAAUUCUUCAAGUCUCGCCCUGGAUCUCGAGCAAGCUCGCGUGGUCUCUCUCGUGUCCCAUCGGAACACGAGGAGGACUCUACGGACUCUGGUGCGAACGGAAACGCCAAUGGAACAGCCGACAAGGGCAAGAAAGACGAUUCCCACAUGAAAGAAGGCAAGGCCACUGGUAGCAUCAAGAUGUCUACGGUUGCAAUGUACCUCGGAUCAAUGGGCUCGUGGCCAUACUGGAUUCUUGCCGUAACUGUCUUCUGCCUGCAGCAGCUGGGCUCCGUCUCGACCAAUAUUUGGAUUCGCCAGUGGGCCAAUGCGUAUCAAACAUCUAACGUCGGUUCUGAGGAUGUGGGACAGUACGCUGCCGCUGCCCACCUCAAGCCCCCGUCUUUCAAUGUUGGAAGUGUUUCGAAAAUGAGCACUUUCGGGCCGCCUCAAUUGAACACCCGCGCUUCAGGUACCACACCCGACGGCCAGGUUGAUGUUCUUUACUACCUUGGUGUAUAUGCUCUACUCGGCUUCCUGUAUAUCGCGAUCUCCCUGAGCCGAGAGGCAGUUCUAUUCUGGGGUUCUCUACACGCAUCUUGGAAGAUCCACGAUCGUCUCCUCAAGACUGUUAUGCACGCCAAGUUCCGCUUCUUUGAUUCUACACCCCUCGGCCAGCUUAUGAACCGAUUCUCUAAGGAUGUUGAUAAUCAUGAUCGUGAUUUUGAUUUCUUGCAUCACCCAGGAUUCCUGAUUGCCGGUGUUUUCAUUACUCUGGUAUACACCGCUCUUGGCGCCAUCUAUCUGAACUCGUCCCGGGAUCUCAAGCGUCUGGAAUCUGUCCAGCGCAGCCCUUUGUACCAACAAUUCGGCGAGACCCUCAAUGGUAUCGUUACCAUCCGCGCUUAUGGUGACGGCCCUCGCUUCAUCGUUGACAACCACCGCCGCAUCAACGCCUAUAACCGACCACACAUCUACCUCUGGGCUAGUAACCGCUGGCUCGCUCUUCGUGUGGAUUGGACCGGUGCUCUCGUUUCCUUCUUCUCGGCUACAUUCGUCUUGAUCAAUGUUGGCAAGAUCGAUGCCGGUGCUGCUGGUCUGUCUCUUACCUACGCUGUUACAUUCACCGAAAAUGUUCUUUGGCUUGUCCGCCUCUACUCUGAGGUUCAGCAAAACAUGAACUCGGUUGAGCGCGUGCGCGAGUAUCUCGACGUCGACCAGGAGGCUGCCCCUGUCAUCCCCGAAUCUCGCCCUACGACUGGCUGGCCGACCGAAGGUGCUGUUGAGUUCAAGGGAUAUACCACCCGCUAUCGCCCUGACCUCGAUGCUGUGCUCAAGGAGGUGUCAUUCUCCGUGAAGCCUGGUGAGAAGGUCGGUAUUGUUGGUCGUACAGGUGCUGGCAAGAGUUCCCUGGCAUUGGCACUUUUCCGUGGCUUGGAAUCCGAGAAGGGUCAGAUCUUGAUCGACGGCGUUGACAUUGGUUCUAUUGGUCUUCGGGAUCUUCGUGAAGCAAUCACCAUCGUACCUCAGGACCCGACUCUAUUCACCGGUACCAUCCGCAGUAACCUCGACCCCUUCGGCCUCUUUAGCGACGAGGAGAUCUUCACUGCCAUCCGCCGCGUGCACCUGAUCGGAUCCGAUGGUUCGGGCACCGCAACCCCAAUGACCUCCAGUACAUUCACCGCCACCGAAGCCAACGCCAUGAACGGCAGCACAGCGGCUGUGACUACCGUAAGCACCGACAACAAGAACGUCUUCCACAACCUGGACAGCCUCGUUUCAGAAUCCGGUUCAAACCUCUCACAAGGCCAACGCCAACUCUUGUGUCUCGCCCGCGCCCUCCUCAAACAACCCCGUGUCCUAAUGAUGGACGAAGCCACCGCCUCCAUCGACUACGCCACCGAUGCCAAAAUCCAGGAGACCCUGCGCGAACUGCACAGCAGCACAAUCAUCACUAUUGCGCACCGCCUGCAAACCAUUAUCGACUACGACAAGGUCUUGGUCCUCGAUCACGGGCGCGUCAUCGAAUUCGAGCACCCCUGGGACCUGAUCAACCGCGAAGGCGGUUUGUUCCGGAGCAUGUGCGAGAAUAGCGGUAAUAUGGACGUUCUCCUGAGAUGGGGCGAAGCGUGCCUGGACACAGAAGCGUCUGGUCGACGAUUCUUGAAAUCGAUCCGAUUCGAUUCCUGCCAGUUGUUCAUUUUUGUUACAUUGCAUAAAAAUUUUCCUCAUUAA